CCUGUCUUCGUUUUCCGUUUUAGGCGCCGUUUCUUCGUACUGUGACGUUCUUCGUUGUUCGUGCGUGCUUCUCUCUUAACUUCGUACUUCUCUUGACUUUGGCACUUCUAUUGUGACUCUUGUAUCACCACAUCCUUUCCAGCAAUGGGGAAUAUAUUUUCCAAUUUGUUUGCUCGCUUCUUCGGCAAAAAGGAGAUGCGUAUUCUCAUGGUUGGCUUGGAUGCUGCCGGUAAAACUACCAUUCUGUAUAAGCUGAAGCUCGGCGAAAUCGUCACCACUAUUCCAACUAUUGGUUUCAAUGUCGAGACUGUGGAGUACAAGAACAUCAGUUUCACUGUUUGGGACGUCGGUGGACAGGACAAAAUCCGACCACUUUGGAGGCAUUAUUUCCAGAACACGCAAGGUUUGAUCUUUGUUGUCGACAGUAACGACCACGAAAGGAUUUCCGAGGCACGAGAUGAGUUAUCUAGGAUGCUCAACGAAGAUGAACUACGAGAUGCCGUGUUGUUGAUAUUUGCAAACAAACAGGAUUUACCACAUGCGAUGAGUGCCGCAGAAGUCACAGAAAAAUUAGGUCUUCAUUCGCUGCGCAAUCGCACUUGGUACAUACAGGCAACUUGCGCCACUGGUGGAUCCGGUUUAUAUGAAGGCCUCGAUUGGUUAAGUGGCGCGUUGAACCACCGCAACUAAAGUCCACGGGCUCCGCAAGCAAGUGCUGUGAGAUAUAGAACGCUCAUCGUUCUAACCCUAAUCUGUCUGUUACCUAACCUUGAAAUUCGUUCUGUUUCUGACUUCGGUUAUCCGCCUUUCUCGAAUGAACCUGGCCGCUGUGUAUCGUCGGAUACUUCGCAUCGUUUCUGCUAUCCUCGACAUUGUUUGGAAAUGAACUUCAUGUUAUUGUGUACUUGCCACAUUGCUCUCGGGCUCACCUUUACCACUGCCUUCAUGGGUCGCAUACAUCAUGUUUGGUGUCCUAUGUACCAGUGUUCACUUGCUUUCCAUAAGACAAGCGUCUAAUCUCUCGUACCUAUGGUAAUCCAUUUCCCUUGUUUUCUCUGGUUUGGAAAAUUGGUUGAGACGUUCGGUGUGACGACGAAGGGUAGGGGCUAAACCAUCAGAGAGCACAGGCGUAUCCAUCUUCACCGAUUUUUACCUCCUAUCCAUUGCCCCUUGGUUCGUUA